AUGCAAAACUACAAGAAGGUCAAGGUAAGGAGUAAUUUCAAGAUGAAAUAUUUGAACAAGUCUGUUAUAGAAAUAUCAGGAAUACCGGAGAAGGAAAGAAAGGAAGCACUUAAUGAAGUGAAAGUAUUAAGUUCUCUUCAACAUCCCAAUAUUGUAAAAUAUGUUGAUUCAUUUCAGGAUGGAGGAAAAUUGAAUAUAGUUAUGGAAUAUGCGAGUCAAGGAGAUUUAUAUGAAAAGAUUAAACAACAAAAAUCAAAAUUAUUUCCAGAGGAAAAACUUGUGGAUUGGUUCAUACAGAUAUCAAUGGCUGUAAAAUAUAUUCACGACCGAAGAAUUUUACACAGAGACUUGAAGACACAAAAUAUAUUUAUUGCACAAGAUGGAACUUUGAAAUUGGGAGAUUUUGGUAUCAGCAAAGUGUUGCAAUCGACAAUGGAAUGUGCCAAGACCCUUGUUGGUACUCCUUACUACUUGUCACCUGAAAUUUGUCAAGAAAAACCAUAUAACAACAAAUCCGAUGUAUGGUCUUUAGGGUGCAUUCUAUACGAAUUGGUGACGUUGAAACAUGCCUUUGAGGCUAAUAACAUGAAAGCUCUGGUUGGAAAAAUUCUGAGAGGAACCUAUCCCCCAAUUAGUUCAACUUACUCGUCUGAUCUAAGGGAUAUGAUUGGCAAAAUGUUACAAAAGGAUCCUAGAGACAGGCCAAGUAUAAACUCUGUUUUGAAAAUACCAUUCAUUCAAAAGAGAAUGGAAUUCUUGUUAUCAAAAGGAGAGCCUGAAACAAGUGGAGAAAAAGUACAAGAAAAGAGUCCAAGCGGAGUUUCUAGUCCAGUCCCAGAAGUUAAAGUACCACCUUCUGCGUUUAAGGAUAAUAGAAAGUUCUCUAAUGUUGGAGGAAUGCCUCUAAUUUCCAAUAACAAUAAUAAUGCUCCAGUCCUUGCGAAAUACGAGAGAGAUAUUGUAAAGCCAACACCUAAAUUGGUGACACCCUCAGUCGCUCCAAAGGCAAGUUUCAUCAAUGAUAAGAUGAUGGAAGAGAAGAGGAGGAAACAACUCCAAGAGCAGAGAGAAAGAGAAAAGGAAAGACUUUUAAAAUUACAAAAAGAGAAGGAACAAAAAAUGUUUGAGGAAGAGCAGAGAAUGAAAGACAUUGCCGACAGAAAAAGAGAAUACGAGCUAAGGCAAAAGCAGUAUGCCGAAGAAAAGUUAGAACGAGAAAGAAAGUCAAUCUAUGAAGAAGCAAGGUAA